AUGUCUCUUGAGAAGCUUGUAUCCAAUAGUUUAGUAAUUGCAUCAAAAUGUAAUGACAAGGUUCACUGUGUACAGGACGAUGAAAUUAACAGUGUACUAGGUUUGAAGUGGUCUAAGGACAGUGAUGUUUUUUCUUAUUGUGGUCUAGACCUGGAUUUCCCUUUGGAAUUAGCAUGUACCAAGAGGACAGUAUUAAGUUUAAUAGCUAAGAUUUUUGAUCCAUGUGGAUUUAUCAGCCCAUUUACCAUGUAUGCUAAGAUACUUUUCCAAGAUAUUUGGAAGUCAGGUGUGUCCUGGGAUGACAAGUUGUCACAAGAUUUAGAAGUAAGAUUUGAAAAAUGGAGUAGAGUAGCACCAAUCAAGAAAUUAACCCUGCCUAAGCUAGAACUGUUGGGAGCAUUGCUUUGUGCCAGAUUGGUGGUGUUUGUGAAGAAGGCUCUGUAUCUUAAGAUUAAGACCCAAGUGACGUGUUGGACUGAUUCCACUAUUGCAUUGGGAUGGAUAAGGAAUGAUCCAAGUUUAAAGGAUGUAUAUGUCAACAACAGAGUUAGAGAGAUUCAGCACCUGACACCUCCAAGUAACUGGUAUCAUUGCAAGGGGACAGAAAAUCCUGCCGACUUGAUAACCCGAGGGUUACUAGCAGAGAGCCUUCUUGGAAAUGAUCUGUGGUUUAGCGGUCCUAAGUAUUUGUCUGACCCCACAUUUAGAGUCCAGGAAAGAGAUGCUUUAACUGCCAGCAUUAACACUGUGAAUGUUGUACUUGAGAAUAAUUUAGCAUGUUUAGCUGUUCAGACUAGGACACCCAUUUUUGACCUUGAGAGAUAUAAUGAUCUUGCUAAGUCACUAAGAAUUGUUGGGUAUGUUUUGAGAUUCAUAAAUAAUUGUAAAAGUAAAAGGUUGGGAUGUGAGUUGGAAACUUGUAGAUUUACAACUGAAGAACUAGAGUUUGCCGAAUUAAAAUUAAUCUAUGUAGAGCAGAGACAAGCCUUCCCAGAUGAAAUCAAAGCCAUAUCCAGUGAGCGGUCUCUUCCUAAGCAUUCCAAGCUAAGCAAAUUAAACCCAUUUCUUGAUCAAGAGGGUAUUCUAAGAAUCAAGGGUAGAUUACAAUUUUCUAGUCUGGGUUAUAACUCAAAACAUCCCAUCAUUCUUCCUAAGGGUCACUUUUCUAAGUUGUUAGUACAAUUUCAACAUAAGUUCAUGAAGCAUGCAGGUGUAAACAGCAUUGUGUCAUCAUUAAGAACUAGUUUUUGGGUGAUUGGGUUAAGAAGAAUGGCAAAGACGGUGGUUAGAGAGUGUUUGAGUUGUCGGAGGCACGACAGCCGUCCUUGCAGUCAACCUGUUGCCCCUUUACCUGACCUGCGAGUCAACCCUGCACCUCCGUUUGCAGUUACAGGUUUAGAUUUCACUGGCCCUUUAUUUAGUGCUGAUCAUCCAGGGAAAAAAUUGUAUGUGUUACUUUUUACCUGUGCUGUUAUUAGAGCUGUACAUCUAGAACUCACAGAGUCCAUGUCAUUGGUCGAUUGUAUGCGGGCCAUAAGGAGAUUUGUUGCUCGUAGAGGGAUUCCUAAUGUUUUCUAUUCCGACAAUGCAAAAACAUUUGUUGCAGCCUCCACAGAAGUACAGAAGGUGUUUGGUCAUCUAGCCCCAAGGUGGAAGUUUAAUGUACCAAGGUCCCCAUGGUGGGGCGGGUGGUUUGAGAGGCUCAUUGGUUCAGUCAAGCUAGCUUUAAGGAAGUCUUUGGGAGUUAAGUAUGUAAGCCAGUCUGAGUUAGAAACAAUUCUUAUAGAAAUUGAGUCGUGCAUUAACUCUCGACCAUUGACCUUUGUGAGUGAUGACCCAGAUUUUGAUCAUUAUCUAACUCCAUCACACUUUAUUCUUGGUAGGAACAGCACAUGUACACCUUCUGAUGUUGAUGAAUCCCCUAUUAUAAGCCCUGAAGACUUGUACAUUAGAAAGAAUAUAAGAAAUCAGAGGUUGGAACAUUUUUGGAAGGUGUGGAGAGAAAAUUAUAUAGCUAAUUUGCCCCCUGUAGUAAAAGGUUUCAACCAGAAAUGUAAAGUGGAUGUUGGUAGUGUUGUACUCAUUAGAGGAGACAAUGUACCCAGACAACGGUGGCCCAUGGGUGUGAUUGUUAAUGUGUAUCCCGGUAGAGACGGUGUGAUUCGCAGUGUUGAUGUUAAGACAGGAAAAGGCAUUUUCAACCGGACUAUUCAAACCCUGCAUGAUUUAGAGAUAAAUCCUCAUUUAGACACUGAUGUGAUAACUCCUCAACCAGUACUUCAUGAUCAGGCAGUACAAGAUGAUGUAACUUCAAGUGUAGCUAAUGAUGACUCUGUACAAGAUUGUGAUCCUGAGGAGGAGGAGGAGGAGGAGGAGGUAGCUGUUUAUACUUCAAGGGGUCGGCUCGUUAAAAGGCCUCACAGAUUAGAUUUAUAA